AUGACUAAUUCUACGUGCAAUUCUAUCAUCAGCAACCAAACCGAUGUGGCACUGAAGAUAACAAAGCAACUCCUUGAAUCUGAAUUCAAGGACAAGAACCUGAUCUUCUCCCCUCUAUCCAUCCACAUCGUCCUGAGCUUAAUAGCCGCCCGGACAAACAAUCCCCAGUUUCUCUCUUUUCUCAAGUCCAAGUCCAUCGACGACCUCAAUUCCCUCGCCUUCAAUCUCAUCACUUCCGUUUUGGCCGACUCACCCAGCAGAGGCGGGCCACGUUUGAACUCUACAAACGGUCUCUGGGUCGACGAGUCUAUUCCUCUGGAGGACUCCUACAAACAAGUCGUGUUGGAUUCUUACAAGGCGGCUCUAAAUCAAGUCGAUUUCAAAACCGAUCCGGAACAAGUGAGAAUCCAAGUGAACUCAUGGGUUGAUAAAGAGACCAAAGGCCUUAUCCCUGAGAUUCUUCCUCCUGGCUCAAUCGAUAGCGGGGUGUGUCUCAUAUUUGCAAAUGCCUUGUACUUCAAAGCAACUUGGGACGACGAUUUCUUCUAUGAACCACCGAACUCGAAAGACCAUAAGUUUCAUCUUCUGAACGGGGACUCGGUUAAGGGAGUGCCUUUCAUGACUAGUAGUCACUGCCACUCAAUCGCUGCCUUUGACGGCUUUAAAGUCUUGAGUCUUCCUUACAGAGAUUGUGCUUUAGAGGAUUUUGACAAUGGCACAUAUGAAGACGACCCCAGAUCUUUCUCUAUGUUGUGGUUACUUCCGGAUGCAAGAGAUGGGUUGCCGGCUCUGACUGAGAGAGUUUGUUCCGAGUCCGGGUUUCUAGACCGCCAUCUUAAUAGUUUUACGACUGUUAGAGUGAAGAAAUUCUUGAUUCCAAAGUUUAAGAUUUCAUCCGGGUUUGAAGCUUCGGGUGUUCUGAAGAAAAUAGGGCUGGGGGAUGGUUGUGAUUUAAUGGCGAUAUUUCACGAAUCUGUAAUAGACGUUGAUGAAAAUGGCACAACAGCUGCAGCUGCUACUUGUGCUCAAAUGUGGGAUUGCGAUGGUGACUUCUCCAAACCUAAAGAGAUAGAAGAAUUUGUGGCUGACCACCCCUUCAUGUUUCUCAUAAGGGAAUACAGAACCAGAACGGUGCUGUUCAUGGGGCAGGUGCUCAAUCCUCUUGCAGGCUGA